AUGGCAGAGGCGUCGCCCCCCGCCCCGCUCUCGCCCCUGGACGUGGAGCUGGACCCCGAGUUCGAGCCGCAGAGCCGCCCCCGCUCCUGCACCUGGCCCCUGCAGAGGCCCGAGCUGCAGGCCAGCCCAGCCAAGCCCGCCGGCGACUCGACCGCCGACGCCGCCUCCAUGAUCCCCGAGGAGGAGGACGACGAGGAGGAGGGGGGCGGCUCGGCCAUGACCGUCGGCAGCGCGGCCCCCGCGGGCGGAGAAGCGGCGGCGGCGGCGGCGGCGACCACCGCCGUGCCGGAGGAGGCGGCGCGGCUGCUGGCCCCGCUGCCCGGCGGCGGCCCGGAGGGGCCGAGCCUCUCGCCGGGGGCAGCGGCGGCGGCAGGCGGCGGGGGGCUGAGCGGGGGCCCGGCGGCGGCGCCGAGGAAGUGCUCGUCGCGGCGCAACGCGUGGGGCAACCUCUCCUACGCCGACCUCAUCACCCGCGCCAUCGAGAGCUCCCCGGAGAAGCGCCUCACUCUCUCCCAGAUCUACGACUGGAUGGUCCGCUGCGUGCCCUACUUCAAGGACAAGGGCGACAGCAACAGCUCGGCCGGGUGGAAGGCCCUCAAACUGACACAAGAUGUAGAGAGAGAACCCUUUGCCAAAUCUGCUGUCAGCAAGUGGACAGUGAUACUGUUUACAGCUUACGACCUUUGUGAACCCUGCAUUAUUUUCCUAAUGAAGCAGACUGUUAAUAGGCCCCUUACUGGAGUGAAGAACCUGCUUUUUUUUUUCCCCUCUAUUUUUUCUUUUUUUCUCUUUUUGUUUGGAAUUGAACUCAUUCUGAAGUAUGCAAAAUCUUCCUUUUCUGGGAUGGCCAAGCACCUGCUGUGGAGACAAUGUUCAGCACCAUCCUGUUGAGAACACACAGUGUAGCCUUUACACUAGUUACUUGUCAAUGAGUAUGUGGUGUUUCAAUAUAUUAAUGGUUUAUGGGAUGUUUUAAGUUGGCUUUUCUUUUUGGAGGUUUUUCUUAUUUGCCCACCCUCCCCGCUACAGCCUCCAGUUUGAUUUCCAUAGAUUUUUAACCAUUUUGCUUUCUCUCCCUGGGGAAUCUGAGGCACUGUGCACAUGCAUAGAAAUGACUGUAACCCAACACUGCUCAGGUGUUGGGGUUUUCUGAAGAUACAGCAUUUGUUGGUCCUAUCAAAUAGCUGGAUUCCAGAGAGGGGAUUGCCUGGCCUGUUUGUUUGUUGGGUUGGUUGGUUUGUUUCUUUCUUACUCUUUCCUUAAGUUUAAUGGUACACCCCUGUUUUCCAUAAAGAGUUGGUUGCAAAGCAAGGGAAGCUGGUGGGUUUGCCUCCUGGCUCAUGAAGACGGACUGACAGUGGGUGCCAUUGCCCUCGCAUGCACCGAGGCAGGAGCCCCUUUCCUGCCCUCUGGAGCAGGCUCCCCUCCUGCCUUAUGUUAGCAAAGCUGCUCUCGCUGCCGCAGUGAGGAGCUGUGGGCUGAGCUGCCACACAAGGUGGACGUAGUCACCUGUAGAGAUGUGUUUGAAAACACAGAAAUUAAAGGAAACCUAGCGUCUGGGCAUCAGCAGGUGACUUGCAGAGACAAUGCCGGGAGCUAAGGCACAGAUCACUGCAGGUGUGUUAUGGCAUUAGUGUUCCUGUUUAUUUUUGUUGUUGUUGUUUUGGACAUAUCCUUGAUUAUUUUUUCCUUCUCAUUCUGUAUAAUCCAUUGUGGCAGAAGAAGCAGGAGUGGGAAUGGCAAGGUGGCAGUAUCAUACAAAUGGCUUUUCAUAUGAGCAUAGAUUGUAGCAGGAUAAAUGACACUGAAAGACAAGGCAGUUUUAUAUAUUUUGCUUCUAAGAUUUUCUUUUGUAAAAUGAAUAAUAAUUAAUAAUAAUGAAUAAAAGGUAUGGUGCUGUAUAGAUCCUCUCUAUAAUCUGGAAAGUUUGAUUACUUUUUAUUAGUAUCUUGGGGGGGGGAGGGAUACAAAAAAAGAGGGGAAAACACCAGUGGUACAUAGGAACUUGGUAUGAAGAGGUUCUGAAUAGGACAGUGUAUACAUAAUUCUCCAAAGCGAUAUAUGAAGUUUUUUUUCCUUUGCAUAAAAGCAUUAUGCAUAUAAAUAUAUAAAUAUAUUUUAUUAUGUACAGAAAUGGAUCAUUAUGCAUGGAUGUUAGGAAAACAAAACUAGCAUUUUAACCCAAAGUCUCAGUGCAUGAGUUCCCACCGACCCGUGUCCCAUGCAAUGUGGAGUGACUCCCUCUUGCCACUGCCACCACACAUGCACAGUCAUGCACCAACACACACGCAUUUGUGGGCCCUUCCUCACUCCUUACUUUCCAGGUCCCUGAGUUGAUUUUGGUGAAACAACGGCUCCUAGUGUGAUGGAAGUUUUGGUUUUGUACCGUAGCCCCCAUGCUGUUCUCUCAUAAAGAUGCACCUCUUGGCUUCUCCCCCAGUCCUGACUGUGUAGGCUCCGUGCAGUUGUGGUUAGCAUAGCCCUGUAGCAUAUCAACUCUUCCAAGCAGCCAAGGGUUUGUCAUUUGCCUUUUAAAAAAACUUCUCGUUUCUUUUUACACUGAGGGGUUCUAUUUGUUAGCAUGUGGCCUAGUUUAUUGCAUUCAUUGGAGCUGGCUGGUGCACGUUGCCCAUCAGCAGCCACCUUCCCAGGGUGCUUGUGUGGCACAGCUGGGCACCCUGCUUACCCGAGUCCAGUUGCAGGCACCUUUUCCUGAAAUUAUCAAGAGUUCAUCACUGGCCUCCUCUGAGCAUGUGCCAUUAGCUCUUAGCUUCCUAAGAGUGUGAAUGUAUGCUGCAGGACUUCCCUCUGGUGUUUCUUUCACUGAGGCUUCUCUGCAGCUGCUGCCCUGUGGCUGGACUUGUGCCCCAGACACACGUUUUGGCUGCCAGCAGAGCUCACUCAGUGGCUCCUCAUGCUGAGGUGCAGCUUUUGAUCCCUACACAGAUGAGCUUCCAGUGAGACCCCUGGUGCUGCCCAAAGAUCCACCAUCACCAACAGAUCAGUAAAGCCUGACUCGAUGGUAUGGCCAAAGUGACCAAAUCCCAUAAUUUAUUUUUUUUCUUGGUACACAUUCAGUUCUUGUCAAAGGCAAGGGAAAGCUUAAAUGAAAUGGCUGCAAAUUCUGCUCUGUUGCAGAAACUUAGCUUGCUUGGGCUCAGAGGAACUGCUUUCCACUGGCAGAAAUGAGAGACAAAACUAUGGCCUGCUCUGUUCAGAAAAUGGAGAAAAACCUCUUGGUUUAGAGACAGCUCAUCAAUGGCAGAGAAGUUUUUUUAAAAGAAAUAAUAAAAGCAUUAGUAGCUGAAAGGCUUAACCUGCCUCCCAGUAAUGUCAAGGGGAGCAUUUCCAUUGGCAUGGCUGGGACAGCUCGGGCCCCUGCUUUGGAGAACAUCCCAGCACUCACUGAAGAGGGAUGGACUUGGCCAGCCUCUUUAUUUUGGUUUGGUUUCUGUUGCUCAGUUUUGGGGCCAAAAUUUUCAAGCGGAAGUGCCUGGUGUCAGGCACUAAACAUCAGCAGCUCCCGCGUGGUCGCAGAGGCGAGCUGCUCUGCCCUCAUGGCUUCUUGAAGGAAGGGGAGGUGACAGGUCCCCCCCAGGCCCAGGGUAAGGCCAUCACCCUCUACACCUGCUGAGGUGCCCAGCAAAGGCCCUUCACUCCAGAGGUGCUAAAUAAAUCUCCUGAAUUCAAAGGGCCAUUUAUUUAGGCGUCAAAAAAAAGCCUUGAAUAGCUAGUUUGGGGAACCUACUUUUUGAAAAUUUGGCCUUUGAGUUUUUGAACAUGUUUAUGCCUAGAAGUUUUCCUUGUGAAAUCAUAUAAAGCAGAUGAAGGUCAAGGUCACAAUUACAUGGUUAUCUUUUGAACACUUGAUCUAAACAAAAGAUCUAAAAAGGUGUUUAUGCAGUUUCUAGUGACAGGUUGGGGCUUGAUUAAAUGAUUUUGUGAAAAAAAUUCCCUUAAGAAUAAUUGGAUAGACAAACACUGCUUAACUGCAGAAAUUUUUGUGCCACUGCUUUAAAAAGUUACCUUUUAGGUCAUGUAUUUCUCCAAAAUUAUAUCAUUGCUUGGUAAUUGGUGUUCUGUAAAUGUUUCAAGUACACAAUAUACCUUUCAAAUUGCCAACAGAUGCGAGGGGGGACCAGAUACACUUCGUAACUAUGGGUUGGAAAAAAUGGAUUGUACAUUUGGCUUCACAUGUUUAACUUUUUUUUAAAAAGUUGCAUGAUUGGAAAAAAUAUGUAUACAGUAUCUGUAAAACUGUUUUAUCUGUUUCUGUUUCAAGCCAUGUAAAUUGGAAGAAUAUUAAAUCCACAGCCUUAUCGCGCAUGGCCGUCUUUACAUACCGAAGAGCUGAACAGUUUAUACUUUUCAUUUGGGCUAUCUUGUACUUUCAUUUGAAAGCAGACACUCUCAUGUUGCAGUCUUACUGAGGAUUUUAUAUUUAAAAAAAAAAAAAAAAAAAAAAAGAAAA